AUGAUUAAAAAGCUUUCCCUUGAGCAGGAACAUCUCAUUAGAAGCGGUGUUCAAUGCUCCUCGGUUAAAGAAAUUGUGAUGCGGCUUAUUGAAAACUCUUUGGAAGCCAAGGCGACAGAUAUUUCAGUAACAUUAAAAACACAACCAGAAUUUAUGUUGGAGGUCCGAGAUAACGGUGAGGGUAUCUUGUUUGCUGAUAUGAAACAUAUUGGAGACUCCAGAUAUCGGCCAAACUUCCCAAAAGCUUUUAAAAAAGUAUUUACAGACUCGAAAUCAUCAGGUCUUCAGGAUUAUACAACAUGGAAUCAUGGCAAUUCGGGAACCAUCGUAUCUUGCUCAAACGUGUUUUACAACUUUCCAGUGAGAAGGAAAGCCCUUGCUCAUGACCCUUCCCACACAAUAACUGAGGUUAUAGAGAGCGUUAAACAGCGAUCGUUUACUUCAUUGCACACAAGUUUUUGUGUGGUUGUGAACGAUCAGAUCGUUGCAAACACCAAGAUAUCCCUCGUUUCUGCAAAUUCCAAUCCAGGACAAGCUCUCCUCGAGAGAUUUGAACAUUUUCAUGGAAAGCGACGAAAUGCAGUAAUUCUUUCUGGCAAUGUGUUUGAUCAAGUGACCAUAUCAGGAUUCUCUGCUCCUUCACAUUCUCGAUGUAUUCAGUAUGCAUUUGUGAACAACAUGGCGUUGGAGGUUGAAAAAUUAGUCAAAGCUGAGGAAUUUUGUUUGGACUUUGUUCUAAUUUCAGAAAGCGCUGCUUCGCUUGACAUUUCAUUAAUUUAUCAAUCACUAAGAAAUGCAUUAUUUUACUGCAAGGUGGGACCUAUUUCCGAGAAGGCACUUUCAGAAAAGUUGAUUGAUAUGGAAAAUGAAGAGAAAGAGUUUAAACCCACAAAAUUGGGCUUGUUUGACAAGCUCUAUGGAUGUGCAAACAAACAGGCAAUACCCAACAACAAUCCAAAGAAAGCUAUUAGAGAACUCAUAGAGCAAGCGAAAAAUGUUAACAGAGGGAAUGUGGUUGGAAGUAACACUUCUUGCAAAGAGAACCUCCGGCUUGCAAAAUUAAAGUAUACCAAGAAUGAAGAUUCAGCAUUCAGAUUCAAUAAGGAGCAUCUUUCCAGAAUGAAAGUGAUCAAACAGAUUGAAAACAAAUUCAUUACUGCUCAAUUACAAGUUGGGGAUAGUACCUUAAUCGUGGCUAUCGAUCAGCAUGCCGCGGAUGAAAGGGUCCGACUUGAGAACUUUGAAAAAGUCAUGUUAGAUCCUAUCCAGAAGAGACCAGGACCAAAUAUUUGUUCCGUGCAAUAUUCACAAAUAAUCUUCAUCGACCCGGACAAAGUUCAAGGCCUUAUUUCGAAUUUUCAAAGAAAACUUGAAACGUGGUUUUGGAAGGUGGAGAUCUCCACCUUACCCAUUCAAAGUAACAAGGUGCCACUCAGCAUCAAAACAGCACCUUGUAUUUUCAUUGAAAAUGAAGCCAUUACCCUCAAUCAUGAAGUGAUGAUGGAAUUUCUUUCAGAGCUUGAACAUGACUCCUCGUCCUGGUGUCCGAAACGAGUGCGAGAAAUAAUGAACUCGAAAGCAUGCAGAGGAGCUGUCAUGUUUGGAGACCCACUUUCGAAUGAAGAAUGUAGCCUUCUAAUUCACAAGCUCUCCCAAUGCACUUUACCUUUCCAAUGUGCUCAUGGUCGUCCAAGUAAGUAG